GUUGACAGCUCGGUCCCAUCCGACGCCAACAGAUGCCUAAAUAGCCCAUUAAUGCGUUCAACGUGAUUCGCUACCUUCUCAUCAUCGGAUAUUCGCCGGCGAUGGCGUCCGCAGGAUCUUCUGUGUUUCGAGAUCGGACGUCCGAGUUCCGAUCCUUGUUGCAAACAUUGAAGAACAUAGGAGGAAUCUCUAUUUCCUCCAACGAUUUACACAAGCCUCAGCCGUCGGCGACGUCUUACCUGCCAGAAUUCAAUAAGAAAGCUUCUAGAAUCAGACUUGCUAUUCAUGAAGCGUCCAAGAAGAUCGCCAGGCUUGCUAAACUGGCAAAAAAGUCAUCAAUAUUUGAUGAUCCGGCUAGGGAAAUUGAGGAACUAAUUGCCUUGAUAAAAAAUGAUAUCACAGCACUUAACAUAGCUAUAUCUGACUUGCACACAUUCCAAAACAUGGAGAUAGCAGAUGGAAAUUAUUCAGAUGAUGGAGUUAGUCAUUCUAAAACUGUCUGCGAUGAUUUGAAGGAUAAAUUGAUGGGGGCUACAAAACAGUUUAAAGAGGUGUUGACUGCCAGAACAGAGAAUAUUAAGGCUCAUGAGAACAGAAAGCAGAUGUUCUCAACUAGUCUGGCAAGAGAGAACCCUUUGAAACAUCAAAUUCAGACAGCAGCUGAACCACCUCCAUGGUCAAAUCAACAUAGAACAUCAGACAGUUUGCAGCCAUCAGGAUCUGCAUCAAAUGGAGUUCAGAGUGGGAACCAGUUGAGGCGAAGAAUGGCUUCAGAGAACACACCAUCAAAUGAGAUGGAAAUGGCAAUGUUACAGCAGACAGUUCCACGACAGGAAACAUACACGCAGAGUCGGUCAGUGGCACUUCAAAAUGUGGAAUCGACAAUCUCAGAAUUAAGUGGAAUCUUUACACAUUUAGCUACUAUGGUGGCACAACAAGGAGAGCUUGCAAUCAGGAUUGAUGAUAAUAUGGAAGAAUCAUUGACUAAUGUUGAUAAUGCCAGAAGUGCUCUGGGAAAGCAUUUAACUCAAAUAAGAUCAAAUAGAGGGCUCAUGAUUAAGAUAUUUGCUAUAAUAAUUUUCUUCUUAUUGCUGUUCAUCUUUUUCCUGGCUUAAGUUACUGUUAUAGUAGAAGAACAUUUCACAUUCCCUGGGUAAUUCUUUAUUUAGUUACUACUGUUUGUUCA